UUUAUGGCGACAGGUGCGCAUUCCUGAUAAUCUGGAAGAAAUGGCCGGUUUGAUCCUCCGCAGACGAAGCGCCACCAAUGGGUCAAGCUCGCGAUCGAAGUAGAAAUCUAGGAUUGGAAAUUCUUUAUGAAUGCUGACCCGGAGCUCGCGAAGAAAUGGUCGCGGCUCCUUGGCACGGCCGUGGAUUUUAAACAUCCUGGAUAUUGGGAAGAAGCUUAUAGCUGGGCAGGGGGCCCUGGAGGUCCUACGCUGGGAGUGGCCAAUGAAAACACGCAAGCGAUCUAAAGGCGAGAAAACUAGAGACAAAUGACCAGCUCCCUGACGUAGGCGUGGAAUUAAUUGGUAUGCGCUCGAUAUCUCCAUCUCGUGCUUGCUCGAGUCGUGCUCAAUUUGCUACCAACUUAGUGCUGCGCCAGUUUCACGUGGUUUUUCCACAGGAUUCGGUCCUCAAAGGAGUUGUGAUAUGUGUAAGCCUUUUCGCAGCUACGUAUUUUAUCGAGAGAGGUGAAAGUCUGGCUUGAAUCCUUACGGCCAGGCUUGAGCUCGUCAUGAGAGCUAGUGGUGGCGAUUUGCUUUUCCCGAGUAACUCUUCUUUCGCAAAUUCAACUCGUAUUAUAAGCGAGACUGAAAGCUGAGUCGCAGGUCGUUUUUUAUGCGUAUAAGCACAAAGUUAUAUCAGCACAACGUAUACGCGCUGCUGGAUCUGGCGUACAAAGCAAGAGAGGCUUUUUGGCCGCUUGUUUACUUUCAGCUUCCAGACGUAACAUGAAUGCUCUCUGGUGUUUUUCACUCGUCUUUGACGCUGGUGAAUCGCAGUGCUACUUGGAGUCAAAUCUAGACUGCUGAGGUUGCAGUUCCGGCCUACGAUCCUCCGUCCACUUGUCCAGUCGGUGUACUGUCAAAGCGGAAAAAUUCGGUGGCGCUUGAAUGCUAAAGGUGGCCAACAAUCAAAGUAGGACCAUCAAAGCGGUGACAAGCAUUCCAUUGAUCGGGUCCAGGGUCCCGUUAGUUCUAUCGGCGCAUUCUACAUGGAAACAGACGUUGUGGUGGGGGACUCCCUUGAUCGUGAUCGCUCUUCUUCCCCGGUGUUUAAACAUCCCAGUCGAGGAAAGGUUUGCUUUGCUUGAUCCACUUUGCAACGUCUCGCAAAGCUCCAUGGAAAAUCAUGGAUCGAACAAACUGGUCACGACUCAUGGCGCUUUCCCCGAAACCAAAGCAACGGCGUCUUUGCGGCGACCACCGCUGCCUGUUCGUCCGGCGCACGGCUGUAAGUCUCUGUGCUUUACAGUUCACUCGGUGCAUUCUUAUUCUUAUUCUAGGCUCGCUAAAAGGAGUGAUUUGCGAAAACCAGUGGCUUUAGUCCCUGCCAAAGGCUGUCUUUUUUGUAGAAACCAAAGGCGAAAACGAUGGAACGCGGUACCAAUCUACGAAGAAGAGCAAAGGUUUUCUGGAGUGUCGACCAUGACCAGGGUGAAAAAAUUUUCUUUUAAAGGUUUCUCAUGGUGGUCUUCCAGACAGCCAAACACGGAGAAGAAGGAAUGGAUUUUUUUUUGUUCAGUCGUCCAGGCCAAAAAAGCUUUGGUCGUAAAGAAUGAGAAAAUGGCACCGUCCUGACGCCUUGAUGACUU